AUGCACGAGACAUCUGUUAUUAUGAGCACCCCGGAGUUCAUCAUAGAGAAGCCACGGCGGUCCAUCGCAAACCAUGUCCUACCGAUUAUAUCUCUAGGAAUGGUUGUUGCUGGGAUGCUUUCCACAGCAGCGUUUGACUACGCCCGCAGAAGGGCAAUCAGGGACCAUCCAACGCUUGUGACUCCAAGUAAUUGGUACUGGUACCUGGAGUACCCAGUGCUUGCGCUCUCUGCCUUGGCGCCUGCCUUACAGCUGCGUGGUGAGCACAUGAAGCUACGGUGGAAUGUCAUUUACAACGGAGUCGACCUGGUGAAGCACAUUCUCGUCACUGUGUGGCCGGCGCUUUUUCUCGCCAAAGCUACAAUAUUACUGGACAGUCUCCUUGUUUUAAUCUUUGGUUGCAAUCUGGCUCAAAUUUGGAUUGUAGAAGUCUAUUGCAUUAAGCGAAAGAGCCUGCUGCGGCAAGUGUGUCAUGCGGUAACAGCCUAUUUCGUUACACUGCUCAUUCCUGCCAUCUUCAUCUCCGCGAAAGCCAUCCGCAAGGAGACGGCCACGCUCGCGGGCGAUGAAGGCCCAUCUAUCGUUGUUCUUUCGUUGGUCUCGGCAAUCUUGGCUGUGGAUGCAACGACUGGGAAAGUGGUUGGCCCUCCGCUGGUUCUGCUACUCUAUUUAUUGGGAAUUUUGGGAACAUUCGAUGCAAGAACGAUGGCAAAAUUCCCUAUCUACACUUCUCUGCCGAUUCCUAUCACACUGGUUGAUGUAAUAGUGCUUUCAUUCGAAGCCGUUCAUCUGAUGGACAUCGCCUUCAAGGCGCUGCAAAAGAGCUCCAGAAACAACCCACACACAAGCUUCACGUCGUCGUUCUCGUCUCCGCUGUCUGCAUCCUUUACUUAUCGCUUAUAG